GAACCAACUACAGCAGCAUCAACUACUGAAAUACAAACAACAGAACCAUCCACAACCGACGUACCAACAACAGAAUCAUCUACUACUGAUGCACCAACAACAGAAUCAUCUACUACUGAUGCACCAACUACAGAGGCAUCGACAACUGAAGUACCAACAACUAAGUCAUCUACUACUGAUGCACUAACAACAGAAUCAUCUACUACUGAUGCACCAACAACCGAACCAUCUACUACCAACGCACAAACAACAGAAUCAUCUACUACUGAUGCACCAACUACAGAGGCAUCGACAACUGAAGUUCCAACAACUGAGUCAUCUACUACUGAUGCACCAACAACAGAAUCAUCUACUACUGAUGCGCUGACAACUGAAUCAUCUACUACUGAUGCACCAACAACAGAAUCAUCUACUACUGAUGCACCAACUACAGAGGCAUCGACAACUGAAGUACCAACAACCGAAUCAUCUACGACUGAUCAACCAACUACAACAGCAUCAACUACUGAAAUACAAACAACAGAACCAUCCACUACCGACGCACCAACAACAGAA